AUAAACACUGAAGGUCUAUGUCAAGAUUUGGUAAUUAUUUUUGUAUAUUGUAUAAAUUAUUUGCAAAGAUGCGUCAGACAUUUUCACUUGACUAUUUUACCCUUCAUUUUUAUUUAAAUUACAUCACUCCUUCAUUAUUGCACGGUUUGCACAUCGACAGACGACAGCGACGACAGGUAAAGUUGUAAAGCUUGUGUUUUAAUUGAGAACUAAUGUUUCCCUCAUCCAACAGCCGAUUUGAGACCCCUGCAACCUUCAAGUUCUCUCUCUACAAAUUUCAGCUCUUUCUCUGGUACUCCAGCCUCCAGGACCCAGAAAUGCCCAUCAAUAUAGAAGAUGAGCCCGAUUGUGGGUCAGAUGCUGAUGUUAUGUCUGAUGAUGGACCAUAUAUUCCUGGAAUUCCAUCAACAGAACCUUCAAGUGUCGUAACACUUGAAACAAAUGCAACUACCAAAAAGAAAAGAAGGAGUGUAGUUUGGGAUGAGUUCACAAUCAUUGAUGGGCAGGGUUUUGAUGAUGGGAAGAAUCGAGCUGAAUGCAAAAGAUGUAAGCAAGUUUAUAGGGCUGAUAGUAAUAUUAAUGGAACUGGAAGCCUUAGGAGACAUAUUCUACAUUGCCCAAAAAGGGAAAACAAAGGAAACACAAGCACCCAAAUGAUUUUUGGUGUAAAUGAUGGGAAAGUGAUGUUAAGAGACCAAAAAGUUGACCAAGAUUUUGUGCGGGACAAAAUUACGAAGCUUAUUGUGAGACAUGAGUUACCUUUAGUUUUUGUUGAGUAUGAGGAGUUCAGAGAGUUAAUUACAUACCUUUUUCCGGGCUAUACCCAUAUUGCUCGAAACACACAAAUGUCAGAUAUUUUGAGGUUAUACAAUUUGGAGUCCAUUAGAAUCAGGAAUUUACUUAACUCAUUUCCUGGGAGGAUUUCUUUGACAAGUGAUUUAUGGACAUCUAUCACUAAUGAUGGAUACAUUGCUUUGACUGCCCAUUACAUUGAUAAGGAUUGGGUGUUGCAUAAGAAGUUGUUGAAGUUUUGCAUCAUGCCACCUCCACACACUGGCAUCCAUAUUUGUGAAAUGGUUUCAAAAAUCUUGUCUGACUAG